AAUCAUCUCCUCGAUCGGAGACUAGCGAAGAUGCCACGAGAAGCUAACUGCAUUUCCAUAUUCACUUCUCCUUGUAAGAACUUGAGACCAGGAUUGAAAGGAUUGAACUCUGAAGACGCUUACAUUGCCGAUGAAGUUAUCAACGACGACGAAUUGGCUCAAAGAAAAGCAGAUGAAGCAGCAUUGAGAAGGUCGCAGGCGGCAGAAUGGCUGAGACAGAUGGAUCAAGGUGCGUCCGAAGCACUGCCCAGAAAACCAUCGGAAGAGGAAUUCUGUCAGGAACUGCGCAACGGCCUCAUUCUAUGCAAUGUCCUCAACAAGGUCAAUCCAGGCGCCAUCCUCAAGGUCGUAGAAAGUCCUGUUAUUAAUGUUCAAUCAACAGAUGGCGGGGCUCAGUCAGCAAUCCAAUACUUUGAGAACAUGAGAAAUUUUCUUGUGGCAGUUGGAGAGAUGAAGCUCUUGACAUUUGAAGCAUCCGACUUAGAGAAGGGGGGCUCUUCAGGUAAAGUAGUAGACUGCAUUUUGUGUCUUAAAGGAUACCAUGAGUGGAAGCUAGCAGGUGGAAUUGGGGUUUGGAGGUAUGGUGGGACUGUGAAGAUCACUUCAUUGCCUAAGGGCUCACCAUCCUCUCUGAUUAAUAGUGGAAGUGUUGAUGAGUCAUCAGAUGACUCUGAAAGUGGGACUCAUGACCAACAACUCUUAGAGUAUCUACAUCUUUCUAGUAAGAUCUCACUCGAAGAAUCUGAAGAAGCAGAUGCUCUUACUUUCCUCUUUGAUCGCUUUGGGCUUGAGCUUCUGAGAGCUUAUCUUUCAGAAUGGCAUGGGAUUAGAGACUUGCCUUUGAAUGCAAUGCUCAUCGAUACAGUGCUCAAAAAGGUAGUUGAGGAUUUUACAAAGCUAUUUGUUUCACAGAGCAAUCAGCUUGGAUUGCUUUUGAAGAAAAUAUUGAAUGCUAAAAAUAGUUCUGUAUCAAAAGAAGACUUCAGAGAAGCAAUUUCAAGAUAUCUUCUCCAGAGAAAUGGUGGGAUUUCAUUUGAUUUCUCUAGAUUCUGCAUUUGUGGUGGAAAACUUGGCAAAGCCCCAAUCAACAAUAUUCACAAUGCCAGCCAUGUUGAACGACUUGAUCAUCAACAGAAACAGCUUGAGGAGCUAAAGUCAGUCUUCCAAAGGACAAAACUUGAGGUUGAGGAGGAUCAAUUGAACUGGGAGGAUGAUCUCAAAAGGCUUGAGCACCACAUUAAGGGCCUUGAAGUGGCUUCUUCUUCCUAUCAUAAAGUUCUAGAGGAAAAUCGUAUGCUCUACAAUCAAGUACAAGAUCUAAAAGGGAGCAUCAGGGUUUACUGUAGAGUGAGGCCCUUCUUGCCAGGGCAAUCUAUGGGGCAGUCUACUGUAGAAUAUAUUGGAGAAAAUGGGAAUAUCAUGAUUGUCAAUCCCCAUAAGCAGGGCAAAGAUGCGAGGAAAGUUUUUUCGUUUAAUAAAGUAUUUGGAACCAAUGCAACACAGCAGCAAGUAUUUGGUGACACCCAACCAUUGAUCAAAUCUGUUCUAGAUGGUUACAAUGUUUGCAUCUUUGCAUAUGGACAAACAGGAUCGGGGAAGACGUAUACAAUGAGUGGACCUGAUUUGACAACCGAAGAGACAUGGGGUGUAAAUUAUCGAGCCCUGAGUGAUUUGUUCCACAUGUCAAAUGCAAAGAUGGAUAUUAUUGAAUAUGAAGUCAGUGUUCAAAUGAUUGAAAUAUACAAUGAACAAGUGAGGGAUCUAUUGGUUGUUGAUGGUUCUAACAGAAGAUUAGAUAUACGAAACAAUUCUCAGUUGAAUGGCCUUAAUGUUCCCGAUGCAAGCUUGGUUCCUGUUAAAUGUACACAAGAUGUUCUAGAGUUGAUGAAAAUUGGCCAAAAGAAUCGUGCCGUGGGUGCUACUGCAUUAAAUGAGCGGAGCAGCCGUUCUCAUAGUGUGUUAACAGUCCAUGUCCAAGGGAAAGAAUUGACCUCUGGAUCUAUCCUCCGUGGUUGCCUUCAUCUAGUAGAUUUAGCUGGAAGUGAGAGAGUAAAUAAAUCUGAGGCAGUGGGGGAAAGAUUAAAGGAAGCCCAACAUAUAAACAAAUCACUUUCAGCUCUUGGAGAUGUUAUCUCUGCUCUUGCACAAAAGAGUACACAUAUUCCUUACCGCAAUAGCAAGCUUACUCAAGUAUUGCAAGAUUCUUUAGGUGGCCAAGCAAAAACCUUGAUGUUUGUACAUAUAAAUCCUGAAGCUAAUGCCAUUGGGGAGACAAUUAGCACACUUAAGUUCGCUGAGAGGGUGGCUUCAAUAGAGCUAGGGGCUGCCCGUGCUAAUAAAGAAACCGGUGAAAUUAGAGAACUGAAAGAAGAGGUUGCAAACCUCAAAUUGGCAUUGGAGAGAAAGGAAGCUGAGCUGGAACAAGUGAAGGUUGGGAAUAAUCGAGUAGGUAUGGACCCUCAAAAACUGAGAACAGCUUCACCUUUGCGUUUACCUAGAAAUGGUAUCGGUGCCAGCUUGAAACCUGAAAUAAGUCAGCGGCCUGUGGAUGAAACUAGAAGCUUUGAGGCCAGAAGCUGUUCUUCAGGGAAGCAGAGGAAAUCCCGUUUUCCUUCUACAUUGUCAGAUAAGGAUCCAAUUCCAAAGACGUCUUUUCAUCGUGAAGAGAGCUCCAUUAACUCUGGAAAACCAAGGUCACCAUCCCCUCCUGUGAGGAGAUCUUUAUCCACUGAUAGGGGAGCCCUUAUUAGAAGCAGGAUGAAGCAAGAUACACUUGACAUUCAACCAACAGUGAAAUUACAGUUUCCAGCCAGAGUAGCUGUGAAUAAAUCUGUCGCUGCAAUUCCAGUGAACCCAUCAGAUGCCAGCAACUCCAGAGUAUUUUGGGGUCCACAAGAGCCAUUAAAGCAGGAUAACAUAACUGAUGCGAUCUACAGCCUCCAUAGGGGCAACUUGAGGAAAGUCCACCUGGAACAUCAGGAAGAGCAGCUUAAGCAAGCACUCAAUGUCAGGCAAGGUGGCAUUAGGAAAAUCAAGCCUGAGCCCAAAGCUAAGAUCAAGCAUCAGCUUACAGCUAGCACACAGAAGUCUGAUGCAGCAUUGACAUUAAUUUCUGAAAUGGACAUGGGAGGAAAGGUAGAGGACGCUCAAAAAAGCGAUUCUUCUGAGACAGAAAACGAGAAUGGGAUUACUGCUUUGCCAGCAAAUGGUAGCUGGAGAAUGAAAAAGUUUCAGCAAAAUUUUUCUAGAAAUUCUCAAAAUCUUGAACCAAGAGCAUUAGCGCAGGCAGCGGAACCUUUAUUGAUAGGGAAGCAUGAAAACAGGCAACCAAUUGGCGUAAUUUGCAAUGGGAAGGAAGGCACUAACAGUUCCAUGCCUACUUUUAGAAGAAGCCACUCUUCCUCUCAUGGAAAGUUUACCAAUUUACCUUGAAAGUUCAUAUUGUGGAGGGAGUCAUUAAUUUGCUUGAAUAUU